CUUCCUCUCCUUCCCUUGUAGAGGCCAUAAAUUUUGGGGUCUCAGAGGUAAAAGCAACUUGGUUUGUCUACCCUCUCUGGCAAGAUGUAUUUCCUGUUUCCUCUCUUAGUGACUUUGCUUCAAUCUCCUGGUGCUACAGCUGGUGAGAUCAUCGGAGGCCAUGAGUCAAAGCCCCAUUCCCGGCCAUACAUGGCAUUUGUGACUUUCAUCAACAAAGAUGGAAAAAAACAUAGAUGUGGUGCUUUCUUGGUUCGAGAAGACUUUUUGCUUACUGCAGCUCACUGCAGGGGAAGUUCCAUAAUAAUCACUCUGGGAGCACAUAACAUCAAGGAGCCAGAAAAGACCCAGCAGAGAAUUCCUGUGGUCAGAGCUAUUCCUCAUCCUCGAUUUAGCGACAAGACCGGCAAAAAUGAUAUUAUGUUGCUUCAGCUGGAGAAGAAGGCUGAGCUGAAUGGAGCUGUGAAGGUCUUAGACUUGCCGUGGAAUAAGGGCAGGAUGAGGCCUGGGAUGACAUGUACUGUGACAGGCUGGGGGAGUAACCAUACAGGGAAAUACCCGAACACACUGCAGGAGGUGGAUUUAACAGUGAGAAAAGAUAAAGAGUGCAAAAACUUCAAAUACUACAACAGUCCUACCCAGAUAUGCGCUGGAGAUCCUAAGGAGACAAAGGCUUCUUUUCAGGGGGACUCUGGAGGUCCUCUAGUGUGUGGUAAAGUGGCCCAGGGCAUUGUCUCCUAUGGAAACCCAGAUGGGACAAAUCCUCGUGUCUAUACUCGGAUCUCCAGCUUCUUAUCAUGGAUCAAGAAAACAAUGAAUGCUCAUGAGUACUAAGCAUCAAGAUUCAUAAUCUCUGAUAACCAGAAGUGCUCACUGGAUAUAGAGGCUAAAGCCAAGAGCUUGUGUGGAAAAGAAGAGGGACCAUAUCCCAAUAAACCUGAAACUUAA